AUGUCUUUAUCAAUAGAGCUUUCUCACUUGGCCGGAUUGAGAUCUAGCGCUGCUACUAACCUUCUCCCUCGCAUAUCUUCUCUUCUCCCUCGUUUACCUGAAAUAUCCAUAACUUUGCAAGGAUCUCCAGCGUCAUCAAAUGCCCAAGAAAAUGAAAUAUCAAGUCAAAUUGAUGAGUUGAAGCAACGGAUCCAGAACUCCAUCGAAAUAGGAACUCAAUCCGCCCUCUCUCUAUGGGAUGGUAUUCUCAGAGCUGCCCCAAAAAAGAAGGUGUCUCAUCAGAAAAAGAGACAAAGACAAUUGGCCCCAGGAAAAAAGCAAUUACAACACUUGAAUAAUUUGAAUAGAUGUCCUUCAUGUGGUCACUAUAAAAGAGCCCAUACCUUGUGCAUGAAUUGUGUUGGUGAAAUCAGAAAAUACUGGAAACAGUUAGAUGCUGCUAAGAAUGAACAAGAAGUUUCAAAACCUGACCAAGAAAAGGAAGUUAUGAAGGUUGGUGACUCUGAAGAAUCAGUGGAUUCAGUGGAUCAAAGAAUACUUUAUCCAGGUAAAAGAAAAUUCCUCAACGAAUUAAAGCACGUUGAAAAGGAAGAAUAUUUGGAACGUCGUCCUAAGACUUUGCCUGUUGAAAAAUAG